AAAAAAAAAAAAAAAAGGCGGAAUGCAGGCUUUGUCCCGUCGGAUCGUAAUGGAAAAACAUUUUUAAAAGUUCGACCUCCACUUUUUACCGUAUUCAGGAUGCCUUAUUUAUUACAUAAGGAAUACACUUAAUGUCGCCAGUAAUAUCUAACAAAAUGCAUCAACACAGAAGACGAAAGAAGCGUCCGAGUUACGGAGUGAGGACGGUGGAGAUCGUGCGGGGAAAGAACGGAUUCGGAUUCACCAUUUCCGGACAGGCCCCCUGCAUACUGAGUUGUAUAGUUAGCAACAGUCCGGCCGAGAAAGCCGGACUCAGACCCGGAGAUUUUCUGAUAGCCGUGAACGGACAGAAUGUUUCCAAAGUUCCUCACGACGAUGUGGUGAGACUGAUUGGAAGUUCAACCGGAUUGCUUAAGCUGCAGAUUGCGGAAAAUUACUAUUCGGAUUCUUCCGAGGAGGAAUUUGUCACCGUUGCCAGAAGCCGUCCGAAAUAUCCCCACAGAAUGAGAAACAGACAGCAGUUGAAUGUUUGUCGUGCUGAGAAGGUCGUUCACGAUCUUCAGACUGGUGCCUUGUUUGUGGAUCAUAUUCAGGGAAGUAAAGUUGAAGCCGAAAUACAUAAACGGUCUCGGGACCAGAAGUGUCCAUCCGCGGAAACGUUACUGCCAUUAACCGGCCGAUCGAAUAAGGCUCUGUUAGAUUUAAUUUUACAACAAAGAUUACAAGAAACGAACAAUAGAGUUACUUCUGCUAAGCCGUCCAAUAGAGAGAAUGCUCAUAUUUUAAAACAGAAACAACAAGUAAACAUUGUGAAAAAAAAGGAACAAAAACAACAUAAAAAUCGAAAUCAUAGUGUUCAUAUAAAUUCUCCUUGUUCUACUAACGAAGUAUUUAAUUCAAUUUUUACCGAGCAGGAUUUAAAUGACAUUCUCUAUCCGUCAAAUUUCUUCCGUCAAGUACAAAAUGAAGAAAAUGAAGAACCAAAUGAUUCGGUGAUCUUAAAAGCAGUUGUCGGUUACUUGGGAACAAUUGAAAUGCCCAAAGAGCCACAACUUCCGAGUUCACGUUUGCAAACAAUAAGAAGUUGUAUUAGAAGACUUCGUAUUGAAAAGAAAGUUCACACUUUAGUGUUACUUUGUGUUUAUCCCGAAAGUGUUGUGCUUACUAAUCCACAUGGAUUGACCUUAGCAGAGUUUCCGGCAGAAAAAAUAACAUUUAGUGGUGUUUAUGCCGACGAUAAGAAAUUUUUUGGAUUAGUGACCAGUCAUGGAACAAGUAGUGAUGAAAUGAGUGAAGGAAGUCACGAAGGACCAGUAUCUGUUAGCAGUUCAUGUCAUGUUUUUAUGGUUGACACUAAAUUAUUGCUUCAUCAUCAACAUAUUAAGCGUGCCAAAGCAUUUCGGAUAAGUUGCACACCAGAUCCUGUAACUAAUAAAUGCAGAGAAUUUCCAGAAUCUGCAGAUUCGAUUCUUCAAGCUAUAGUAAGUUUAUAUAGAAAUAGAUUGGCAAUCAGUGUUGAUGCUGCAUCGGGAAUGGUUGAUUUUCAUCUUCACAUGUCACCUCAACCUAGUAAUACCAGCAGCAAUAGUAGCAAUAGCGACAGUGGUAUUGGAUUCCGAGAUGAAGGUGAGCCAAAGUUGAGCUAACAGUUUAUCUUAUUUCACUAUUAUACUAUUUAAAUAAAAAAAUAAAUCAAACUUUCUGUUCCUUCAUUUUAGAUUGAAACAAUAGAGAGUAAAACAAUAUUUAAUUUUACUGAAGUAAUUUCACUUUAAACAAUUUUGUCAUACACGUCUUUUAUAUUAAUU